UUAACCCUUGUUUACUGAUUCACUAACCCAGAUGAUAGACACUUGAGACAGUACUGUAUUCGCUCUAGCCAGUUGGGACUCCAGACCCCUGAUUCAUUGUCGAUGGAAGAGCCCCAGCGACAGGUGAAGAGGAGAAAGGUACGAUUCGCGGAUACUGCCCAAAGUUCACAAGAUGGCACUUCUACCUACGCGAGCGUUUCAACGCCAGAGACAAGCCAAUCUGAACUAUCGGACUCCAUCCGUUUGGUACCGAGCGGUACCCCAGAGAAGCAAGACAUUUGCGCGCACUUGCGCUCUGGUAGCGUCUUACGUCUAGACAGUGAUGAAUUUUCACAUCAAUUCUUACCUGGGCACAUAAGCAGCAGACGAGAGAACGCCAUAGUCGGAAGGCCGGUGGAGCUGAGUAGGAUUUUCCAGCUGCCACUAGACGAAGCGCUAUCCGAUGUGCAGCGCCUUCGGCUGGCUGCCACUUUGGUCAAGUCUGCUCUCCAGCUCUAUUCUACUCUUUGGUGGCCGGAGGAUUGGACACCGUAUGACGUGUCUUAUUUUGAGACGGGAGAAGAGGAUCUAAGCAACUCAUUGCAGACAUUGCACCUCACCUCGACGCUUUGCCCGAAUGCUUCCUGUCCACGUUCCACGAGACGUGAAUUAAGCGAAGGAAUGACAGACCAUGGCAUUCACAACAUUACGCUCUGGGGGCUUGGGGUUGUUUUACUACAGAUUGGUUUAUGGGAGCCUAUUGAUAUAAGCUCCCAUAAGGAGGUUAGAAAUCGAGUGAGAGACUUGAGGUUUCUCGGACGUGAGUACCAGACCAUCACAACACAGCUUAUCAACUGCGAUUUUGGGCUGGGGAAAUAUUCACUACGAGAUCAAAUGGUUCGUAAUGAAGUGUACAAGGUUGUUCUAGGCCAGCUUGAGGAGGCCAUUAGCACUCUCCGUGUAGCAGGACUAUAAUUAGUGUGAAUUAUUUCAGAUUUAGACAAAAGCCUUAUGGCGAUGAAAAUUUGGUAGUUUAUAUCCGACAGAUAAGUUAGGUGAAUCCCGAAGCUAGGGAGUGUCCACCAUGCACCCA